AAAACAAAUCGACAUUCAGAGAACCGAAGGCCAAAUAAUUCUCCCAAAAAACCAAAAUAUAUAUUAAGAAAAAGAUCCACAAAGAGUUCUCUUCCCACCAUUCGUAGACGAUGCAGAGCACGACAGCUUCUUCCCCAAAGCCGCCAUUCUCAGAUCCAGAGCAGAACUUGCAGUGCCCUCGUUGCGAAUCAACGAACACCAAAUUCUGCUAUUUCAAUAACUACAAUCUCUCCCAACCUCGUCACUUCUGCAAAGACUGCCGCCGCUACUGGACUCGAGGCGGCGCUCUCCGCAACGUCCCCAUCGGCGGCGGCACUCGCCGGAACUCCAAAAGAUCUUCCGCCUCCACCGCUACAGCCGGCGUUGCUAAUACCAAGCGUCCCUCGCAGUCUUCCACCUCCGGCGAAGCUCAAAGGCCGGACCUUUUUCAUGUUCCCUUUCUACCAGUGGAUGAUGAAGACCACCGAAUGCUUGAUAUGACUGGAAGUUUCAGCUCGCUUCUGUCUUCCGCUAAUGAUUUCGGUAACUUUCUCGACGGCGAGGAAGCAACGCCGGCGGAUUCGAGUAGCUGGUGCGGGGGUUGCCCAGAUCUUACCAUUUAUACGCCGGAUACGAGGUUUGGGUGAGGGAAGGAAGUGCGGUGUGUAAUCUCUGGUUUGGGCUCAAAUUACAGUUUGUUGAUCUCUCGUUUUGGUGAUGAAUUUGGGGUCUGUUGGUAUGGUGUUUUGGAUUAUGGGAUUUUGAUUUGGUCAUUUAUGUUUUAUUUUAGUUUUCUUUUCAAAAUCUGAUCUUUAACAGUUUGUGAACGUGUGGGUCUUGCCUUCUUGCUUGAUUUCUCUGCUUGUUCAUAUUGAAGGUUUAUUUUUUCUUCU